AUGAGAAACCAUUCAACAUUAACAAGCUUCAUCAUACUGGGACUGACAAAUGACCCACAACUGGAGAUUUUGGUCUUUAUCUUCAUGCUUACUACAUAUAUGUUAAGUAUAAUUGGGAAUCUGACCAUAAUUUUGCUCAUCUUGGUGGAUUCUCAUUUAAAAACAGCUAUGUAUUUUUUUCUUCAAAAUUUCUCUUUCUUGGAAAUCUCAUUCACAACUGCCUGUGUCCCCACAUACCUGCACAGCAUAUUAAGUGGGAACAAGGCCAUCAGCAUCAAAGCCUGCUUCAGUCAAAUUUUUUUUGUCAUCCUCUUUGAAGCAAUGGAAUUUUUUCUGUUGGCUGUGAUAUCCUAUGACCGCUAUGUGGCCAUCUGCAAACCCCUGCAUUACGUGACCAUCAUGAAUAGCAGAGUCUGCAGGAACCUCAUCCUCAGUUGUUGGGCAUCUGGCUUAUUGAUCAUCCUUCCACCCCUUUCUUUGAGCCUUAAUCUGGAAUUCUGUGACUCUGUUAUUGACCAUUUUUUCUGUGAUGCUUCUCCAAUACUGAAGAAUUCCUGCUCAGAUACAUGGUUCAUAGAGCAGCUGGUUUUACUCUGUGCUGUGUUGACCUUCAUAAUGACCCUUAUGUGUGUGGUUCUGUCCUACAUAUACAUUAUUAGGAUGAUUCUAAGAUUACCAUCUGCCCAGCAAAGGAAAAAGGCCUUUUCUACCUGUUCUUCCCAUGUGGUUGUAGUUUCCAUCACCUAUGGCAGCUGCAUUGUUAUUUACAUCAAACCUUCAGCUAAGGAUGAAACGGCCAUUAAUAAAGUAGUUUCUUUGCUCGCUUCAUCUGUUGCCCCUUUGUUGAACCCCUUCAUUUACACCCUGAGAAAUAAGCAAGUAAAGCAGUCUUUCCAUGGUUGUAUCAAAAGAUUUGCAUUUCAUUUAAAGGAGUAG